AAGUGUUGAAAUCCUAUUGGAAAUCCAUCCCCAAAAGAAUAUAAAAGGGGACCAAUUACACCAAAGUAGCCAGCAUCCCCUCACGCCUUUUCGUCUAGUUUGUUUCAAAGAAGAGAAGACGAGAAUUUGCCGACUUGCUCUCAAUACACAGCCACACCCAAAAUCCCAACUCAAAAGCCAACCCUCUUUAUAUUCACGCAGUCGACACACACUAAAAAGUUCCAUUUUAAGCACAAAAACACACUCAAUCAGCACCAAGUGUCUUCUUUGUCAUGGAUAAUGGUCUCCAGCAGCCCACAAGACAAUCCCGAUUCAGGCGGAUAUGUGUUUUCUGCGGUAGCAGCCCCGGCAAGAACCCCAGCUAUCAGAUUGCCGCUAUACAACUCGGAAAACAACUGGUUGAGAGGAACAUCGACUUGGUAUAUGGUGGUGGAAGUGUUGGAUUAAUGGGCCUAAUCUCCCAAUCUGUUUAUAAUGGUGGCCGCCACGUGUUAGGGGUUAUUCCAAGAACUCUGAUGCCCACAGAGAUCACUGGAGAACCUGUUGGAGAAGUGAGAGCAGUAUCUGGAAUGCACCAAAGAAAGGCAGAAAUGGCUAAGCAAGCUGAUGCGUUCAUAGCCUUGCCUGGUGGCUACGGUACAUUAGAAGAACUCCUAGAAGUCAUCACUUGGGCUCAACUCGGGAUUCACGAUAAACCAGUAGGUCUGCUUAAUGUCGAUGGGUACUACAACUCACUGCUGUCUUUUAUAGACAAAGCUGUUGAUGAGGGUUUUGUUACACCCUCUGCCCGUCAUAUAAUUGUCUCUGCCCCAACUGCCCAUGAACUUAUGUCCAAACUUGAGGAUUAUGUUCCGAAACAUAAUGGAGUUGCGUCGAGACUGAGUUGGGAUAUGGAGCAACAAUUAGGUUACACGGCAAAACUAGAAAUUGCUCUCUAGCCUCGACCUAGUUUAUAUAUCUCCAAAUAUUUAGGCAAGUAACAUGCAAGAAGAUCAUCAGUUGACACAGGAAACAUGCAUUGUGGCUGUUACCAAAGUUGUGUUCAAGUGUUACCUUUUGAUUGAUUUGUACAUAAUUCUUAUCUGGAUCAACAAGAACGGUAGUUUUGUUAGUUUGUGAUUAUUGUUCAUGCAUAAUUUCAUUAGUAUAUGAAAUUGUACGAUAUGAAACAAUCUUUCAGUAGAUGUAAUGAUAAGUUAAUCAUGGUGUCAAAAGAAAAA